UCCCCGUGCCAUGUGACCGGGGACGGGUGCAAAGCACACCCACCGGGGGCCAGGGCUCUCGCUGAGUCAGCGGGCGCUGCCCGGUGCCGCAGGGAGCCCGGCGGCCAGGGCCGCAGCGGUGUCAGGCUUCUCCAUGGGGACGGACGGCGCCCGCGCCCUGCUGCAGCAGGCGGCCGCCCUCACCCUGCAAACCGGCAACCUCCUCAACUGGGGCUGCCUGCGCAAGAAGUGCCCGGCCACCCCCGGCGAAGAGGUGCGAGACUGCGUUCAGAAAACACUGACUGAGUGGAGCUCCAAGAUUGGACAAGACCUACAUCGGGAAACACCAGAAGUUCUGGAAUGCACUGUAGCUGAAGCUAUAGAAAAAAUAAAUCCCGAAGAAAGAGAAGAGUUAAAAGUAUCAGCAAAACUUUUCAUUGUUGGAUCAAACUCUUCAUCGAUCAGGGAUGCAGUUGACCUGGCAUGUUCUGCCCUCGGAGUUGCUCAGUUAGACUCGGUCAUUAUUGCCCCACCUCCUGCUGAAGAUGGGACUAACCUCUCCUUGGAAUAUUUGCAACCUUAUUGGCAAGAACUUGAAAAUCUAGUUCAAAACAAAAAAAUUGUUGCCAUAGGUACCUCUGACCUAGAUAAAACACUGUUAGAGCAGCUGUAUCUGUGGGCACAGGUGAAACCAAGUAGUAAUCAGGUGAACCUGGCUUCCUGUUGUGUGAUGCCACCUGAUCUCACAGCAUUUGCAAAACAGUUUGACAUACAGCUGUUAACUCACAAUGACCCAAAAGAAUUACUUUGUGAAGCAAGUUUCCAAGAAGUUCUUCAGGAAAGCAUCCCGAACGCCAAAGCAGAGGAGUGGAUUCCUUUAUGGCUUCUCCGGUAUUCAGUCAUUGUUAAAAGCAGAGGAAUUAUCAAGUCCAAAGGCUAUAUCAUGCAAGCUAAAAGAAAUGCCUCUUAAAACACCUUUUUGUUUUAGUUUAAAUGGCUUACUGUUUAAUUUCUUGGGGAUGGGGGGAGCGCUACUUUUUUCAUAGAAACUCUUUUACAGCAUUUGUAAGAAAGACCAAAAGUUGUAAUUAUUCAGUGUGAUGUCAGCAGGAGUGUCUGCAGUGGUCUAAUACACUUUUUCUUUCUUAAACUAUUGACCAGUUCAUAUAAAAUAUGAAAUAUUUUGGAUUUGUUGUUGUUAAUUGAAAUUAUCUGUAGAGAAACAACUUAAAAUAUUUUUCUUUGUAUGACCAGUUCACUGUAAAAUUAUCAUUGUGUUUUAUCUGCCAUUAGGUAAAAUAGAGAAAGAUAUUUUUAUUUUUUGAAAGAAUGAAUUGCUUGUAAAUAGUAGUUACUUAUCUGGUAGGUACAUAGAUUUAAAGCAUUCAAGGACUAGUUUUUAUAGAAAAUGGUCAUCUUCUGUGGAAAAUUACCCCAAAAAUAUUAAUCUGGUACUCAGUCUGUAUAUAGGCGAAUCAGCUGUUUCAUUUGCGUGGAUGGGAAAACUGGUUUAUUUUUAGUACCGUGUAGAAGACUUCUAUGACUCAGAAAAAACACAUCUUCCAGAGUACUUUCUGACAGCUAUUUGAAUUCUUUCUGUCUUCGUUGUGCCUCAGUGUGCAAUGUUUAGUGUUUGCACAAGUGGGAUGGCAUCUUUACCGUUUGAAAUAGAAAAUGUAUUAUCGUGUCUUAUCGUAUUCUUAUCUUUAAAAUAAGAAUUGAAAACAGUUGAUGAAAAAAUCUGUUAAAAACUGAAUUGUGCCUGUCAUCUUCUCAAUUGUGGCUUUUUUUUUUCUUUGAUAUGGUGAGCUACAGAAUCAGACAAGUAAGAACAGAUAGUGAAUGUUGAACCUGUUCACUUAAAGCAUUUUGUAAAAUGGGCAAUUUCUUCUGGAGUUGCCUAGGAAACUUUGCUGCUUGAGUGCCAUUCAGAAAUGGUGCAAGGGUUAGCUUGAGCUUAGGUAUCCUUCUGUUUGGCAGCAGGUUAGUACACUGGCUUUUUAAUCCCAGAGACAUUGCUGUAGCUAAGGCAAGGCUUCCAGUUUAAUGUAGGCUUUCUUUCAAAAAUGCAUUUUAAUUUCCUUGGCCUUUUAAAUCAGAAUAGAUGGCAAAAGCUCAAGUUGUGGUUCAGCAUGAGCUUGAUACUGAGCGUCUACUCAUUUUUGCUUUUUGUUUCAGUCAGGAGCAGGUUUUCAUGCUGGUAGUACUCAUCAGGUAGUUGUACGUAUUUUGAGAUUUGGGCUGUAAGCGAAUGAAUUUUCAUCCGUACCUUUCCAAAUCUGUCGCUUAGGCAGCUAGUGGAAUUUCAGUUGCCUGUAGUUAGUGUCUAGUGUCAGUUUUCUACAAUCCAUUCCACUAAGUGAAAAGAUUAAUAUUUCUCAAGAUACCUUUUGAGCCCUCAAAUAUCACACGUAGGUGGCAAAUACUGGGAAAUUCUCCUGAACUACUUGUUUUCUUUUGAUAAAGGAGAUGAGGAACUGGAACUAAUACAUCAAUAAAAGUUGGAAUUUUUUGUCUCCUAAUUAAAAUGUAGUAAUUUUAAAAAAUCUUGGGUCGGUGUUUAGCAAGGUUUCAAAAUUACAUGAGUUUGACUUUAACUUCCCUAACAGCUUCGACUUUUGUGCUGCUGCUGAUUAACCACAAUUUGUAAGUUGCUCUCUGGCUGUUGACAAUUCUGUAUUGUUUCAGACUCCCAUCUGUGCUCAGUUUUAUAAAUCAAAAUGCUACAAAACAUGAAUUGUGCAAAAACAAUGUAUAGGCUUCUCUAAUGGGCUGGUUAAAGUUUGCUUGCUGGAGAAAAAUACUCUUUAAGACACUAGAAUAAUAUUUUUCUAGAAUCACGGAUAAUGUAACGUUAUCAGGUUCUCUCAUUGAUUAGUUUUGCCUCAGCGUGGGAGAGGUGCGGUGUCUUGCAACUUUGAAUAAAAACGUUAAUUUCUUUGUAGGCUUUUUAA